CAAUGUCAUUUUGUCACAAACAAAAAUUCUAAUUCGAAAAUCACGUAUGGUUGUGGUGUGAAAAUAAAUAAAUAUUUCUAUAUUUUAAUUUAAUCUUAUUAGUGCCAUAUAAAAUGACUCAACCAGCUCCUAUAGUCAAAAGCCUUAUAUACGCUGGGCAGAAAUAUAUUCCUAUUGCUAACGGCAGUAAGGUACAUUUUCACUUCCAAACAUGGAAACUGGGGAAGGAAAGAGUGUUGCUGGAUGAUAGCAAGAAGAUUGGAAAGAAGGAACCCAUGGUUUUAGUGAUAGGACACAAGUUUAAGCUAGAAGUCUGGGAAACUAUCGUCAAAAUGAUGGCUGUCGGAGAAGUUUCCAGCUUUAAAGUGCAGAAAGAGCUAGUCUUCAGUUACCCCUUCAUAUCAAAGACUCUACGGGAGUUAGGGCAGGAACAACACAAGAAAAAGCAUUCAUGUACCAUGACCCUCCACACCGAAGGUCUAGGGCAUCCAGACUUAGAUGACCUGAUGAAGAACCCAUGUGACCUGGAAUUUAUCAUAGAAAUACUAAAAGUGGAGAGAUCAGAUGAGUAUGAGAAAGAGUUGUGGCAGUUGAAUGCUAAGGAGAGGACAGACCUCAUACCCUCACUGAGAGAGAAAGGCAACAAACUAUAUGUCGAGAAGAAGUACAAAGAGGCUGAGGAUGCAUACAGUGAAGCUCUGUAUAUCUGUGAACAACUUAUGGUCAGAGAAAGGAAAGGCGAUGAAGAAUGGGUAGAGCUGAACAAAGUAAAACUGCCCAUCCUACUGAACUACGCACAGUGUAAGCUGAUCAAUGGAGAGUAUUACGCGGUCAUAGAACACUGCAAUACUGUUCUAGAGUAUGAUAAAGAUAAUGAAAAAGCCUUAUACCGAAGAGGUAAGGCUCACAUUGGCGCGUGGAACCCCGACGAGGCUGAAGAGGACUUCAAAAGGCUAAAGUCCUUGAAUCCGUCCAUGUCGGCAACAGUCGACAAAGAACUCGAACAUAUAAAGAAAUUAAGAAAACAAAAAGAGGUACAGGACAAAGAUGCGCUUAAAAACAUGUUUGUGAAAAACGCAAAUGGGACCACAUAGCACAUGGAAUAAGGUUUAAUUUAUAAUUGGGCCGUGUAGUGUUAUAAGGUUCUAUAUGCAUGGCAUUAUUCUGCUAUCAUCUACGCUCGAAGUUGAUAAUUGACAAAAAUAUUCUUAUAUCCUUAGCCUUAGGUUGAAUUUUCUUCAAUCAUCCCUUGUUUUGAUUGCAUAUUGCAUUGUAUGGCCCUAAUCAAAUAAAUAAGUACAUAGUAGAGUAGUACAGUAUUUAAUUAUGAUUAUGUAAAUGGAGCUAAUAUUUUGUGUUAGUAUGUUAUUUACUUAUUAUAUUCUCUGUAGGAAUAAAAUGUAUCCUUUGAAAUUAUCGGUGUGACAUGUGAAUGACCAAAUAACUAUUUUAUGACUUAUCUUGUAUGCUGUGAGUUAACAGAUGAACGCAAUAAUGUCGACGCACAUGUACGUAUUUAUUUUACGUUAUUAUUUAAGUAAGGUAUAUAAGUGGAGAAAUAGAGAUGGCUAUAUUAAUAUCUACUAGCUACUCUCGAG